GCGAGCCUUCCGCGUCCUUCGGUUUCGCUGAUAGCGCGCGCUGCUAGUUCAAACUCGGUACAGGUGUGCUCCACUCGAUCGGAAGGACCGGAAGAAACCCUCACCUGUUACAUCAACGAACGAAGAUAAAGCACGGACGUUGGUCGUAACCGCGGGGACGUGCACAAAAGGACAUCGCGAGAGGGACGUCGUCGAAGGCGCCACGGCGGCGUAACAGAGUGCCACAAACCAAUCAACACGACUCCUUGUAAACGCGGACCAUCGGGUUAAAGGUGACCUCGAGAUGCGGUGAUGGCUUUGUUGUAUAGGUUCGCGCAGCUGCACGAUCGCAGUGGCACGCGGGUCUUCUCCUUCGUCGUCACUAGGACCGUCGUGCGCGAUCCUGACAGGGACGUCACAAGUAAGGAACUAGUAUGCGGUUUUCAGAGAUGGGCCGUCGCUUUCUCGCGUGGGGAAAAGGUCCUGGGCGUAUACCUGGUAUGGCGUGGCGCAUCAAGAAACCUCCGCGUAUACGUGGAUUUCACAUUUACGCUGCUGAAUCGAGAACAUUUCUCCAUGAACGAAAGCUUCUCUGGCAAGCGCGUCAAGUUCACUUACGAGGCACCGGCCCAGGGCAACCGCAGUUAUAUCCCUGUGGCGGAUCUCUACAGCCGUAAUUUUGCCGAUACAAACGGCGAAUUUCAGCUGGAGUUGUCCAUGGCGAAUGUACGAACGGUAUACAUGACCGAGGUCAGGAUGCCGACGUCGGUGUUCUCGGCUGGCCAGACGAAACCGAGCAAACUAGAGACCGACUACUUCGCAUUCGGCGGUUUCGACUGGAAUCUGGUCAUCUAUCCGCACGGCAAGGACACGGACGGCUCCCGCGUCCAGGACAGCCGCAUGAGUGUCUAUCUCAUGAGACUGUCUGGCUUCGAUCAUCGAUGCAGAGUGAGAUACAGCCUGGCCCUCGGCGAGGGCGAUCGACGGAUCGAUUCGGGACAGAUCGAAGACAUCUCCGACGCCGAGGGCUGCGGCUUCGGCUGGCACACGCGGGUCAGGUGGUCCGACAUCGCGCACAAGGGCACACUUCGCGUGUCGCUCGAAAUGCUCGAGGCAAGAACCAUCUGCGAGAUCGCGGUACAGGCAUUGGGCUCGUCGGUUCUACCAGCUGCGCCCUGCUACGAUCGUGACAAGCAAGCCUGGGCCAUACGCGCUGAUCUUAACUCGGAUACCGUCAGACUGCACUUGGUAUACAAAGACAUCCACAACGUGCCGAGAAAUCAUUUAAGGUACGUUAGUUGGUCGGCAUACCUGCUGAGGGGCGAGGGACCAAAUGUCGCGGCGAUUGGAUUGCCCGGCGAACCGUUCAGCCGCUACUAUGUUCAAGAAUCCGCCGAUGAGGGUAUUAUUAUGGAGACUAACGUGGAUAUGACCGAGGUGAAGGAGAAUCACUGUCCAUACCUCACAGACAAGGGACAGCUGAGGAUUCGGAUAGAAUGGAAUGAAAGUCACCUGCUCUUUCAGGCGACCUAUCACAAGUACGACGAUGUGUGUCGCGUGCACAAUCAGCAGAUGCGACGCGAAAUCAUGUCGCUGCAGGCGGAAAACUAUAGCCUCGAGCGGCAACUCUUCAGCUACCAAAAGAGUCUGGCGUACGCGCAAGCGCAACAGCAGCAGCAACAACAGCAUCCGAAUCAACAUCACUCGGUAGUGGGUCAUCAAGGCCAUUUAGAGCGAUCGGCGUCUAGUGACACCGAAUACGCUUGACAAGUGGAACGCGAGUUAUCAAAGUCACCAACACCACCAAGUUGCCAACGUCAGCUGUCGGCGAUGACGACGAUGGCGGUGCCGGAGGACGACCAGCGAGUACACCAAAACCUGGUCAGGCUGAUGGACCGGCGGCUGAGCAACGUGCAGUUGCAACAGCAUCUCUACGAGGAACAACGGCAUCGUCAUCGACACAGCAGCAACGGCAGCAGCGGUGUCUCUUCGCCCAGGCGGAGCAUUGAUCGCAACGGCCCGGAGCAUCGUCACAGCAUCCUGCAGCAGCCCAGAUCCAGCGUCGGCACGAGAUCCAAUAAUGGCGGAGGAAGCGUAGGCGGCGCUUACGAAAGUCGAACCGCGACCAACAACGAUCGGUAUGCUAGCUACUAUCUGGGAUAUGUCGGUCAAGCGGCGCACAAGCGACGCAGGACCACAUUCUGGGAGACAUUGACUGGUCUGGUGUGUUCUCUGGGCGCUCUGGCCUCCAGAGCGGCAAAGAUGGCGGCUAGACGGGGCGAUCCUCUCUGAGGGUACGGCCAACGAAUGAGGACACAAUGAUCGCUAUUGCUGGCAGUGGGCAAAUGCGCGGGAAUGUAAAGCUGUAAUGUGAAGCUCGUUAGGAUGCACAUACAGCGCGUUCUGUCUUCUAUAUGUCGGUGCAAUAUCUCCCAUCGAACGGAUUUUGAGAUAUAUCGAAGAAAGUUACGUAACCGAUUAAAGGAAUUGUAUAAUCUUGAUAUAAAGCCAUGAGAUGUAUUCAACAUUUUUUUACAUUUAUAUAUCUUUCUAAAAAUUAAAACAGAUAUAUUUUCUCUCUUUUUUUACCAAUUAUAUUUCCGUUUAUAAUACAUAAUUUCCUUUUUUAUUUAAUUGCAAGAGCGUAAAAUAGGAUAAUAAAAAGUUAAAGUUAAUUUGCUUUAAUUAAAUCUCCUUCGAUAUAACAUAAUACAUCAUACUAACAAGAUUGCAAAAAUUUAUCUGAACUUUAUUGUUUUCUUAAUAUAUUAUCUAACGAUAUUCUUUUUUAUUUAUUAUGUAUUAAAAAUACCUUAAUAUCUUUUAAAAGACAUAUUGGUAAAAUAUAUGCAACGCAAAAAAAAUGCGUUGUACGCGCCAUAUUAUUCUGCUUGGGUAGUUUUCAUGCGAGUAGUUUCUGUUGAAUCUCUUGAAUGAUUCAAGAGAUCACCGAUUUUAUGAGACAGAACGUCCCGUAUACAUGCAACGCGGGAACGCGGUAGGGAAUAAAAGAAUUGGGGAAAGAGAAUCGUAGGGUUUAGGGAGUCUCGAGAGUCUAGGGUCGUAUUAGACUCCACACUUACGCACACAUACACACACAGACACAGAGAUCUAUAAACACGAACACGAAUCUAUACACGUACAUACGCGAACACAAAUCUAUCUACUUGUCAAUUUAUUAAAGAACCUAUUUUCCUCUAAAGACUUUUUUCACCUAUUGUGUACAUCGCCGUGAAAAUAAGAGGAUAUGCGCGUUGGCACAUAGUCGCCAAACCAAGUAACAGUACUGUAAUUAUCGUAGUACGUAUAUCAAGAAUUAGAAUACAGUUAAUGUUAUAUAAGCGAACAAAUUCCAGAAAAGAGACAGAAACAAGAAAGAAAAAAAGAAAAGAGAGAAUACACGGAUAUGUACUUUUUUGGGAACCCGCAAAAAGCUGCUUCGUAUAAUGCCAUCACUGUGCGAAUUAAGUUCACUCAAACGCUUCAAUCGACUUUGUCCCCUUCAAAUUGAUCUUUUUACUAUGAACGUUGAGAACGUCAUCGUUACAUAACUCUAUGAUUGAAGCUGUCGAUACUUGUAUAGAUAUUUAAUCGAAAAUUGAGCCUCUAUUAAUUCUGAAACGACUAUCUAAGAUAUAUAUGGAUUAAUAGAAAUUAUUUAAUAAAAAUAUAUUUUUUGCAAAGCUGAAUCCAUUUCAUAUUUUUACAAUUGGAAAUUGGCUUAGAUACUUGUAUGUGUCAUUUUCUUUCUUACAAAUUGACACAAAAAAUUAAAAUUUUUCUUUAAAUCAAGAUAAAUUUUUUAUACGUUUUGGACCUUUUUUUGAUCCAUCUUCAAUGUGGAUAUAAGUAAAGGUCAUCUUGGAUGAUGCGUAAAAAUCAUUGUCUGAUAAUCAGUAAAUUCGGGGUUUAAAUUUUAUUUUGUUUUGCUCGAACAUUAACUUCAAAUGCUUCUCUUAGAGUGGGCGGCUGAUUGAAAAAUGCAUCAUUGCUAUCUUUCUUAUGUAUCAGAUAUUUUAACAGCAAAAAAAAUGUACAUUAUAAUAUCAUUGCAAACAUAUAUAUAUGAAUACAUUACAUUAUAUAAAAAUACCAUUACGUUAAAUCAUGAAAAAAAAAUAAUUUGUUUUAUUUUAUUUUUUUAAUGAGAAAUGUAAAAUACACUGUAUUAAUAGCACAAAAUAUAAAUUAGAAUUCAAGAAUAUAAAUUAUAGAAUUCCAAAAUUUUUCAAAUAUUUUUUAACUUCAAGGAUCAUAAUUACGGUUUAUACGUUUAUAGAAUAAACUCUCUGCGCAUUCCUUUCUUAUAUUUAUUUCGACCGACAUCUCGGUCAUCUUUCGAAGAAAUUAAUCAAUUUAUCUCGUACACGAUACAUCACCCAAUUAGGACAAUUAGGACAUUUAAAUUAAAAAACGAUGGCGUCAUACGCAGCCUGUAAGCACAGACUGCAUCUGCCUUUCGUAGAUGGUUAAACAAUCAGGGUAAAAAGUAAAAGAAGUGAACAAAUCAUUCUUCCACUAUUAUCUAUUCACGAAUUUGAUGUCAUUGGGACACGAAAUCGCCUAAUUAUUUUUUCUAAAAACUCACUUGUUCUUACUUAUGUAAUUACUAGGAAUCCAAAAAAUAUCUUUGAUAAAGUGCGUCGCGCUCUCGUGUCUCAUCUAAUUUCCUAUUUGUCGCGUACUGCCGUCAAAUAUUUUAGAAUUGAUAUCUCGGUGUAAACGUUUCGCGACGUUUCGUAGCCUAAUUGUGCACGCGAGCAACUGGCGCCAAUAUAAUUUCCUUCUUAUUUAUCAGCAGUGUCGUAUCUCUCGCGCCGAUAAAAUUUCAUUCGGGAUAAAAAAUUAUUGAGAAAAUGAAGAAGUGGAAUAAGAUUGGAAACUUGAAAAAAAUUUUUUUUUGUCCUUUAUGUUUAUUUCAGUGUUUUUAAAGUCGCCUCUGCAUUGCGUACAAUGCGGAAAUGCAUUCGUAAAGAAUCUGCAGAACAGACGAUGUUUUUAAGUUAUUCGAUACAUUCAUACUCAAUUGCACAACAUCUGUAAUAUUUGAUUAUUCUACUAACAUUUGCAGCGAUAUUAAUCUAUCGUUAAAUUUUUUUAUAAAGAAAAAUAUAUAACACAUAUGUAUGUACAUACACUUAUCAUAGUUUAAAUUUUUUAUUCGAAGAUAUGUUUCCUCAGAAGCGAUAUUAACACUUCUCUUAGAACGAGAUUUCAUUCGCUGUAAUUAGAUAAUUUUGCGUUGGCAUUUUCAUCUUACUUUACACCCUUGCCGCCAGGACGAUGCAAUAAUUUCCGCUUUGCUUCAUCGCGACGGUAUUUUCUCAUAUGUGCAAGUAUCAUAUGUUAGCAAAAUAUAUAGCUAUGCGAACCAUAUAUGUACCAUCGCCGCAAAUAUAUAUGUGUAUCUGCGACACUGGCAGGUAACAUUUGAUCGAUACAGUAUACGGUGGAUGUUCCGCGCAAACACACGUACGUAACACAUUUAUGGACAACCGAAACUGUCCUGCGUAAAUAUGUAUGCGUAUGUGUGCGCCGUUGGUGACAGGUCGUCUACAUCUACAAUCUUGUCUCUUAUACAUGCGGCACUUGCAGCAAAUGUCAAUUUAUCAGGAGGAGAAAUUGUUGACAUCGGAAUUGCCGGCGACAUUUUCCUGUCAGUUUCAAAAUCAAAAUCAAACGACUGAAUUCUCGAUUAGCACAUUGUCAUUCUCGCUCGUACUUCGGGAAAAAGUCCUCCUCUGUCAAGUUGUUUCAAUAGAUACAAAAAUAUUCUUAAUGUGGAAGGAAUUUGGCGUUUUGAUCAAUUCCAAAGAUCAAUGAAAUUUAGUGAUUUUUUUUAGCUCGAUUAACACGGAGCAAAACUUGGAAAAAUUCUUAUUGAAAGGAAAAGAGAUUUUUGUAAAUUAUAAUUUUAAAAGAAAAACUUCAGUCUCUCUCUUUAUUAAUUUUCAUAAAAUCAUUAAUUUAUUUUACAAUUAUUACACAAUUUGUAUGUUAAUAUUAAUUAAAAUUACACAAUACAAGAAUUUUAUAUUUCAUAUGUAUAUUACAUAUUAAUUUGUGCUCCGGUUAAUCUUGACAGUGAUAAUGGCAAAAUACCAGUUUGUACUGUCGAAAAUAUUAGCAGUCUGAUACGCAGUAUUAAAUGACGAUAUUGUAAACGAUUUUGUCGAGAAGAUAUAACAAAAGAUGUAAGGCUGCGAAAGGACCAGGCUCGCAAUAGUUCAGCUCGUAACAAUACGCCAACAUCGCGCACAAUCCGUGUCCUAGUACUGCAGUCAAUUUCAUUGGGAUUAUAUCAGUCCUGCCUGCGUCUUAGUGACAAGAUUUCCUCAGCAUCCCUUGGCUGAAAUGGACGCUCCGAGAAAGCGUUCCUUUCCGGAACUUUCUACUCGAACACGCGUUCGUGACAGGCGUAUAUAGCAGCAGCAGCAACAGCUCUGACAAUCGCACUUUAAUCUCUUCAUCGCUACGAUGAAGAUUGAAUGUUUGUUCGCCGGCGCGGAUUUUCGAUGCUUCCGAUGCUCUGAUGUUUGAAUAGGAAUUCUGUGUCUCAUGUCGCAGAAAGAACGAGGUCAAACUGACAGCGAUUGUCGAAUUACUAAAAGACAAUACGUUAGAAAAAGAAUGAUAAAAUGAUAUAAUGUAUAAAACAAAAUAAUUUUAAAUCUGUGAAAAAUUUUUUCUUAUAUAAUGAGGUUUUACAUUAUAAAAAUUCUACCGAAAAUCUACGAAAAUUUUGUGAAUCUUGCUUAUUUUUUUUUUUUUUGUUAAUAUCUUUUUACGUCAAUUUCGACGUUAUUAAGGAACAAGUUCGUCAAUAUUAUAAUUAAUAGUAAUUUUUCCAUGAUAAAUAUUUCAAAAAUUGAACCAAAUUUGAAUUGGGAUACAUAAUAGACGAUUGCGAAAAAAUUGAUAAAAAACACACUUAUUGUAUAUGAACACAAACACACAGUUACGAAUUUGUAAAUAGAAUUUCUUUUAUAAUUACCAUGUUUCAACAAUUUAAUUAACACUCUCAUGAAAAUAUGAUGUAAUAUAACAAAGUCUAUCUUUUUGAUCGAUUAUGUAAUAAGAACAAAUGAAAAGCAUGUGUUUGUUACUUACAGAAAAAAAACGAUAAAAUUAAUCGAUAAAAAUAUAUCAAAUUACAUAUUGUAUGAGAAAUUGAAACUAUUAUGAUUUUUGCUUACAAUUCAAAAUAUAGAAAUAUAUUUUUGUAAUAUCAGAAAUUUGUACCGUCAUUAAGUUGAUUCUACAAUUUUGAUAGACCUAUUAAUCACGGCUAAUUCAUUUGUAAUGUCACUUGUUUGAAGACUAGCAUAGAAAAGCGCGGACGAAACAGCCCCGGCGGGCAAAUAUAUAUAUAUAUAUAAAUAUAUAUAUAUGCAGAAAAUAAAAAAAACGCUCUAGUAAUAUAGCGACAGUCGCGCAGUCGCGCUUGUUAGUUUGUAUGUACGAAAAAUCGAUCCGCGCUAUCGAUCUCCGAAUUCUUUCUCGCGUGCGUUUUAUUCUACAUUCAUCGCGCUCGUUUACUUGCCGACACUAUAUUCGUUCGACAUACACGCGUUAUAAUAUAUGUGUAUAUACGAUUUUUCGAUGUGUACAUCGUCGUUUUACGCGCCAUUGUGUCGCAGCCGAUUCAAUGAUUCGCGAUUAUGCGCUGUUUAGUAAUUACGAUUAUUUUACAAUGUAAUCGACAUUUUGUGCACUUAUCGAUAAUUUUGUACUUCUAAAUAAUUACAAAUAAUAAUUUGAAAGUAUUUAGAAGAAAUAGUAAAUCUUCGAUGUAAGAGUGACUUCACGAAAUUUUUAGAAACUCGUAUAUUUUAUAAAUAUUAAGCGUCUUUAGUGAGAUGUAUAUAAAAAUGUACUACGAUAUGAAACUAAAGAAGUACCAUAAAAUACUUGAAAAUUUAUAUUUAAAAAAAUUCCAUAUAAUGAAUAUAUUGAAGCAUUUUAUAAAAUUAUUGGAGAAUUUUAUUUAUCUAAUAAUAAUAAUUAUUAUCUAUCUACAAAAUAGUAAUAAACUUAUAUAGAUUAUUAUUUAUAAGAAAGAAGUGCGAGGGGCGAAGCUCUUCCUCUUGCAUCUCUAAAAAAUUCUAACUUAACCCAAAUCUACUUCCAGUUUUUAAAUUAAAGUUGGUAUAGAUUAGGUUAUAAUUUUUUGGGGAGGAGGUACAGGAGGAGGAGCGGAGCAUCUCUAUUUUUCACUUCUACGUAACAAUAUUUAAAAUAAACAUAUAAACAAAUUAACAAAAAAGAGAUACUACCCCACAUUCUAGCUCCUUUUAUCCAUUUUAUCAAUAAAAAAAAAAAAAAAAAAAAAAAAAACGGAAAUAAAAAUAACAAUUUUUUUCAACGAUCUUGAUUUCUACGUCUCAAAAUACAUAAAAUAUGUGAGUUUCAAAAAAUUUUGUGAAGUCGCUCUUAUAUCGAAGGUUUAUCGAAGGUUUUUUAUGUCGCAAUAUUUUCUACCGAUAUACCCUUAAUCUGGCGAAUCAGUAGAACAAAUUGAUUAACCGAGAUUACAAGGUAACCGUGCACUGUACGAGAUUGCGAAUGAAUAUAGUUAAACGAAAGCCGUGUAUAUAUACAUAUGCAUAUACAAUAUACAAUAUACGUAUAGAUAUAUGACACGUACGUAUAUUUAUAUACUACAUGUACAUACAUUUGAUAUCGAGCGUGCACACAAUAUAUAUAUUAUUCAAUUGUCCAUAAACGAAGGAAGAAACAUUGUUAAACGUCAACGGGACAAAAAAAUAAAUCGACUCGAUUUUCGUUUCCGCGAAAUGUCAUGAUAAGGACUCCACUUUAUUAUUUAUACUUAUGCAUAUAUUUAUUAUCCGCAGAUAAAAGAAGAAAAAAAAUUGGCGACGAUACUAUGGCGCAAUACGAGGAAGCUUAUGUCAAAUAUAGUUCGGCGUUUCCUUUUUCCACCUGUCAUUCAAAAAAAAAAACGAGGACUCUCCUUUAAAUUAAUGUUACAUAUAUAUACAUAUAUCCGUACAACUUUCAAGCACAAUGCAAGAGCACCUUUUCUGCGACCUUUUUUCAUCCGUGUGUGAUUUUAUUAAAAAUGAUUAAAAAAUAGAAAAAAACAAAAAAUGUGAACGCAAAACACGCUCUCAAGAAUUUUGAGACAAAUACUAAUGUACUUAAACCAUCUGUGAGUCUGCCUCGUCUUUUAUAAAGUUCUUGCUAUAUUCAA